AUGAACCUUUUACACACAAAAUUCAGUCGAGCUUAUUGGUUACCUGGUCGGAUGUACAUGCCCUUAAGGUUAGUUUAUCAGUUUUCGCAAAUAUCUAUCAAGAAUAUCUUACAAAUGACAUAUUACGACAAAAAUAACCGAGAAGUGAAAAAAAACUGA